AUGAGCAUGAAGCUGCGAUUCCUCCGAUACCUUGAGCAAAUCCCUAUAGAUGCAAAUGACGAUGAUCUGCUGCCUCUAAGUGGCAAGCUUGAGUAUCAAUCGAUUAUUGGAAGCCUCACAUAUAGAAUGCAGGGCACUCGGCCUGAUCUAGCGUAUCCUGUAUCGCUAUUAAGUCGAUUUCUGGCCAGGCCAAAGGCUAUCCAUAUGGGUAUAGCUAAAGGGGUCCUUCGAUAUAUCCGCAGAACGCUCAGUUAUAGCCUCAAAUUCUCCAGAAUAGGGAAUUCAGAGCCUAUCUUCUAUACGGAUUCAGACUUCGCGGGCCCUACUCUGCAAGAUGGGAUGAAAUCAACCUCUGGCUACGUAGGAUACCUUGCUGGCGCGCCAAUCAUUUGGUCCUCAAAGCGUCAAACAGCAACUGCGACCUCUAGCACAGAAGCAGAGUAUAUCGGCCAAUUUAACGCCAUGAAGCAUAUGGUCCAUAUCGGUCACUUUCUGACGGAACUCUCUAUCCCCUAUAGCACUCCAAUGACGCUAUUUGCGGACAACCAGGGCGCUCAAGCAACUGCACGAAAUCCGGAGUACUACAGCAGGCUCAAGCACGUUGCUAUAGCAUACCACUAUCAAAGAGAGCUAGUAGAAGAAGGACUUAUCCAGCUAGAGCACAUUCCGACGGAGGAUAUGGCCGCCGACGGCCUCACAAAGCCACUUCCGAGAGUCAAAUUCAAUCGGUUCAUAGAACUGCUGCAGCUCAACACCAAGCCAGCUAUCUAG